GCCGCCGGGCGGAGCCGGUCUCUCACACGGACCGAGGGACAGCGGCAGCCGGGAGCCGGGAGCGGGCGGUUCGGGAAUGGCCGGCGGCCGCGGCUCGGGGCCCGGGAGCUGGAGCGUGUGAGCGCGGAGCCGGGAGCCGGGAGCCGGGAGCCGGGAGCCGAGAGGCCGGAGCCCAGGGACCGGCAGCAAAAUGGACGCGGGGGGAAUGGAGAAGGACUGCAGCGCCCUGGGGGGGCUCUUCCAGACCAUCAUGAGCGACAUGAAGGGCGGUUACCCAGUUUGGGAGGAUUUCAUUUCCAAAACUACAAAGCUGCAAUCACACUUAAGGACUACCAUUGUAAUUGCUGGAUCCUUUCUCGAUGCUUUUCAGAAAGUAGCAGACCUGGCAACUAACACACGAGGUGCUACAAAAGAGAUUGGUUCAGCUCUGACCAGGAUGUGUAUGAGACAUCGCAGUAUUGAGUCAAGGCUCAAACAGCUUACUGCUGCUCUGACUGACAGUUUGAUAAACCCUCUGGAGGGUCGGAUUGAGGAGUGGAAGAAAAUUGCCAACCAACUGGAUAAGGACCAUGCCAAAGAAUACAAGAAAGCUCGACAAGAGAUCAAGAAGAAAUCGUCUGAUACACUAAAAUUGCAGAAAAAAGUGAAAAAAGGGAAGGAAGAAGUGAGGCUACAGUUGGACACAGCUUUACAGGAUGUCAAUGAAAAGUAUGUGCUGCUGGAGGAGACAGAGAAGCAGGCUGUGUGCCGGGCCCUGAUUGAGGAACGCAGUCGCUUCUGUACAUUUGUUACCCUUCUGCGACCUGUGCUGGGUGAGGAAAUUGGAAUGUUGGGAGAGGUUACCCACUUGCAGUCUAUCCUCGAAGACCUGACAAACCUGACAGCUGACCCCCAGACUCUGCCUCCUGCCAGCGAACAGGUAAUCUCGGAUUUGAAGGUGGCGGAUGAUUAUGGCUACACAUACCACACCCCGCCCUCCUCCCCUAGCAGCGCUCACUCGCGGAGGGGCACUGUGAGCAGCAUAUACCAUUACCCACAAAGUACAGGGAAACAUCCCAGCAUUCCCAACUUUGAAUCAGCCUCGGCAUCAAUGGAAACACUUCAUAUACAGCCCCCGUCUGUUUCGACAGCUGAUGGCACCAGCCAGAAAUCCACCAGUUCAGCAUCCUCCGAGGCCUCCGAAACCUGGAGGUCGGUGAGUGAAUGCAGUUCUCCCACCUCUCUCUGCUCUGGCUACAAGACCGGCCUGUGGACAGCAGCCAGCAAGGACUGGGCAAAAUUAGCACCGAUGGAGCAGCUGCAGACUAACUGCCUCCAGCCGAAGGAAGCAGCUUCUUAUCAAAUGGUUGGAGAGAAUGGAGCCCAGACACCGCUGGAAGCUGGUGUGUAUACACAAGCCAUGGAGAGAGCGCAGUCUACAGGAGGGCCUGUUGCGUACAAGCCACAGAUUGGACAGAUGAGUGCUCGCGAACAUCUUGCCUUAACCUUGAGUCAAGGAAUGAAUGUGGAUACACAAAGGAGCAGCCGGGACUCUCUGCAUUGUUCGAGUGGUUACAGCACCCAGACAACUACACCAUCCUGCUCAGAGGACACUAUCCCCUCACAGGCAGUGAAGAAGGAACAGUCCCUGAUUGUGCCUGAUUAUGAUUACCUGUCUCUGCAUGGAGAGCAGGAACUGCCUGAUCAGAUUGACUUUGAUAAAUCGUCCACCAUUCCCAGGAACAGUGACAUCAGCCUGAAUUACAGGAAGAUGUUCCAGGUGAAGCGGCCAGCUUCUACAGUGAGUCUCUUAGUUGACCCUGAGCCCACGAUGACAUCUCAUGUUGCUACGAUUCGCAGAAAGCCUUCCAGCAAACCAACCUUUCGGCGUGGCACCAUCGGCGGUGUGCCUAUUCCUAUCCGGACUCCGAUGGUGCCAAUUCCAGGGCCACCUGUGGCCAGCAAGCCGAUGGGGCUGGCAGUGUCUCGGACGGGCAGCGAGGAGUGUGUUAGUCUGCACGGAGGGCGUUCCAGUUUUGUGCAAAGGAAGCAGGGAAUCUGCAGCUCGACCCAAAGCUUAAGCAUGGCCCAGACCCCUGGCUACACCCUCGUACCAGAGAAACCUCUCCAGGUCAGUGGCCUCCAGCGAUCAGCCCCCAAUCUCCAGAAUGCUCGAGAAUUGAUGCCAGCAACAAAUAAUACAGGAAACGGACUGACUCCGCACUUGGGACCCGCUGAGGAUUCCCAAAGGACUGCAGGGGUCCACAUUGCUGCUGCUACCCCCUCACCAACUGAGGGAGGUGAUGAUGUUCUGUCCAUGAUUCGCAGGGGGGUCAAACUUAGAAAGACUUUAACCAAUGACCGAUCAGCCCCCAGGAUCAUUUAACACCCUCAGCCCCUGGGAGAAAUGCAAAUAGUUUCAAAGCCAACGACUUUGUCCCCUUGCUCUCUUCCUCUGCCUUUUGUUUUUAAACUGGUGACAAUUCUUUCUCCUCAUUCUCAGCUUAAACUGUUCAUACACAAAUCAUCAUCAAGAACCUGCCAAGUGCCAGCUCCUCUGAUGGCUCAGGAAUCCUUGCCUGCUCCUGUACCCAAUUACAGAGUGGGAGGCUGACCCUCUCAGAUGCUGUGGGCUCGGGAAGGAUAGUGAACGCAAGACUGCAUCACACAGCCCAGCAGGUGAUGAGCUGAGACUCCAGCGAGGGGAUAGGCUGCCAUUGGUCCAAUUACCCUGGUUAGCGAUGGAAAUCCAGGCCAGGUUCUUCCUCAUGAUGACUGAAGAAUGAAUCCUGAAAUGGGGCUGUGUAGAUAUUGGGUGACAGUGAAUCAGAGCACAAUGUCUCUCACUCCACCCAGUUAACAUUAACCCUCUCUGCUCAGCAUUUGGAGAAAACCAUUUGUGGGGAAGUGGCAGAAUUUUCAUGGAUCUUAUCCCAGCUCCAGCUUCAGAAGAGAAUAGCAAGAAAUCAGAGUGGGGUGGGGAAUGGGAGUGUGCACCUCCCCCUCCUGAACCAAACUGACCCUGUUCCUUGCAGCAACAAGCACUGCCAGGAACGUGAUUCAUCCAUUUGAAGUGUGUUUUGAGGUGGAAAACGUGGAAAUAACAUUAUGACACUUCAGGGGAUCUGCUCAGGAUUUCGAACUAGAAACUCCUUACAAAGGAUUUGAUUUAAGUUGCUCUGGAUUUGUAAAGAACACUGUUCUCUUAGUGAAAAGCAGCAAAAUUCAUCUUCACACAGGAACUCCAGCAGUUCACUUGUUUUCAUGGUUUUUUAAAAACUGCAUGGUGGAGGGCAACAAUAGAUUUAUUUUCUUUCCUUAACAUCAAAAGAUAUUUAUUUGUGUCAAAAUUGUGAAAGCUUUUGUUGUACAAUGAGUUCUUGCAGCAAAUAUUGCUGUUAAACUCCACCACACUCAUUUAUGCGAAAGGCUUUAAAUGGUAACGAAUUAGUUUGUAUAUGUUAGUUUUUAAAUCCCUUUUAAAGUUUAUCUUUUACUGCUGGGGCCUGUUGCAUUGCUUUGUAGUUCUGGCAUCUUUGCAGUUUGGGCUCAAGGUGUUCAGGGGUGACAGUGUUUAAUUAUCUGUUCUUUUGGCUUAAGUGGAUAGUGUUUUAAAAUUGUCCGCCCAUCCCAAACUUUAAUUGGCUAUUAAACUAUGUUAGUUAGCUUGCAAUGUGAACAGUCCGCUAAAUAUUUUCUUUUAUAUGAUAGGUUUAGCAAGAAAUGCAUCUCGCCUUAGCAUUUGUACAUCAGCACAUUCCUGUAACUGCUGCCUGAGCUGUGUGCACUGUGAUGUUAUGAAGAGCUAACGUGCAGCCUUUAACCACUGGCUGCAGCUCGUGCCUGGCCCGGCUGGUGCUAAAUAACCUUUUCUUAUCCACUCCAACAAACCUCAGUGGAAUCUCCAUUGUGUCUCCUGAGAUCUAGAGUGAGAAUUCUUGAAAGAUCAGAAAAGCUGUUGCUAAAUAAUUGCAUCAAACAGCAUAGAACUGAAAUUCAAAACCAACUUUGGGAUGCAGCCUAUAUUUAGAGCAAUAUUUCUGUGCUUCAAUAUGGUAAACUGUCAAAAAGUUAAAAUUGUACUGGGAGUUGGGAGAUUUUUAAUUCAGAUUUUAACUAAGAUGGAGGAAUAGGUUGGAACUACAAAUUUAAUUGUAGCAAACAAGGGCCAGGACUGGAGCUGGUGUGAAAUGGGUUAGCACCAUCAAACAGUGAUCACUGUUCACCGCAAACACGCAGCUCGCUUGAGAUGCUUGCAAUUAUUAAGUGAAGCAUUCACCAGCAGGCUGUGCUUUGACUAAUGCUGUCUGCACAAAUAACCUUUUUUGAUCAUUUUUGAGAAAUGGAGGGAGUGAUGGCUCUAUAUUAAUGUCACAUGGUGAUUUCUACAACCUCGGGACAGCUUAUCAGCAUUUGUUUUAAAAAGACAUUUUCCAGUUUUGUUUUUUAUUGUGCUUGCUCUAGGAUUGUGCAAUGGUUUUAGGAGCUGACGAAUUGUCCAGUUCCCUGGUGCCCUUGUAGAAUCUCAGCCUGUUGUCUCAUCUCUCUCUGGUUACAUUUCUCACACCAGCUCUCACCCACUGUAUCUGAUGCUCUGAUUCUGUGCCUCACCUCACAAGGGAAUACUGCCUCGUAACUUCAAAAACCUGCUUUGUUCUCACUGCAAGUGCCUCCUCUUCCCAAUUAAUGUACUUAUUUCAGUCUCAAAAUUAAGGACCAUCUGCCUUUGAAUUGUGUAUUAAAUUCUGGCCCUAAAGAGCAGCCACAGAUCAUCUUUGAUUUCCAAACUGCACAUGACCGAUGUAAUUAACUGGGAGCUUUCAAACUGACAUCACUGCCUUAUGGCUGUACCUGGAUUCGCCAAUCUUGAAUUUUUUUCCCAAUAUUUUAUGUAAAGUCAGACAAGUCUAUCACAAAGGAGUGGCCUGUUUGGGGAGAAUUAUUUUGAGCUUGUUUGGAUUUUAAUUGUAAACACAAUGUUCCUCUUUGAUAAAUUGAUACUAACUAAGGAAUGAAUUUAAUCUUUUAAGACCAGGUGUCUGCAGGAACUCCACACUUGCUCAUUCUCGCUACUUACACUAUACCCAGUCUCAAGGAGUUUAUUUAACCCUGGCCAUCACAGAGAGGGGAGCCUGAGAUUUCCAUCCUGCUUUGUAGUAAAACACCUUCCUGACACCAUCUCCUGAAAGGCCUACCUCAGGACUACUCCCUCCAGAGGACAUGCGCUCCCUGUAAUGACUGUAGUGAAUCACUUCAAACACCUUACCCACAUCGCCUCACGCCCUUUUAAACUCGAGAGCAAUUGUCAGGUUUGUGCAACCUGUCCUCAACCCUCUACACUCCCCCUGCCCAAAAAAUUGGCAAUACAUCCCUCAAGGUGCAGUGCCCAGAGCAUUCUCCAGCUGGGAACUGACCACCGCUGAGUCAAGCUGAACUUGGUAUUUGAGGAUUAACCCAGGCUACACCCUGUGUCCUUCAUUGAGGUAAAGUUUCCAUAGUCACAGAGGACCACAGGGCCGCUUUCUCAUUCAAGAAGAGCUGACUAGUGUUGAGUUUAACCUGUGCAUCACCAUGCCUAAUGUGAAGGGUGUCAGUACAGUUUAAGUGUUUAAUUCUGAUAUUUAAGAUGAGGGUGAGCUUUACUGACCAGAGUGUUUUUCUGCAGUAUUUUAAAUUUUCUCAUCAGUAACAACAAUCACUAACCCAGCUGGUCUGGGCAUUAAGGAAAGAUGACUACCGUGGAGUAGAUUUCAUUGGAAUUAUAUCUCCCCUUCACCAUACAGAUUUACCCAACGUUUAAAAGCAGUUAGUGGUCAUUAUUAACUAGGUGUCACAGAACAAGAUUCAGUCUCUCAAUCCUGCAGGUUCAUCUUUUGCACUAUCGGUCUCUCCUGGUUCCGGUCUCUCCUGUGCACAUUUCAAUUCCUGAAGGAAAGUUCUUCCAAAAAACUCUCUUCAGUGCAAGGUUCUAAAAUAUUCAUCCAUCCUCACAGCUUCCCCGUACAAAGAAAACCGUGAAUGAUAUCUGUUUCCAUUGCUCCCCCUGUUGCCAAAGGCUCUGAACCAGCCCUGACUCUUCAAUAAUGUCUCUUGCUAUUCCCACUUUUAUUUCUCUUGCUUCUAAGUAAAGUUGAAAAUCACUUUUCUUCCAAAAUAAAUCCAGAAUUUGGGCCCUCUUCCCUUAUGAAGUCAUACUUGAAUUUUCAGUAAAAUUCCUGAAAUCUUAAAAAUGUUCUUGCAGCUUGUGAAUUGGUGCUGAGGCCAGUGAUUUUUGCUGACAGUUACUCUGCACUUUGUGGUGAAUUGCACUCUCUUAAUGUAACUAUGAAUCAGCCUUUAUCUAAGGAAGCGCAGAGAUUAGGAAAGCCUUUGGUAGGUGCUGUGUUUCAUGGAAACCCAAGAGUUGUGUCUAGCCUCAAGGUGCACCAAGGUUCAAUGAAUUGUAUUAGCAGACAGUAUUCUCUGCUUGGGCUUGUGAGAUUGAGGAUUGUCAGAGAAAAGGAAAUAGUGACGGGUGUGAAGACAGGAGGGGGAAGGAGUGGAGGCAGGACAGCGCGAAAGGAUCAUUUGUUUUGGGAGAUUGAGAGUCUGAGCAGUGCAGGGAAUUGUCCAAGAUCUUUUAACCCAUGAAUAAGUCAACAUUUAAUGGUGAAUCCUUUGCAGUGCAAUCAACGUGCCAAAUUUUGAGUGUGUCCCUUUAAGAGAUGUGACUCUCACUCUGCUUGUAAUCUGUUAUACAGCAGUGCCCAGCAGUUAGUAAGUUCCCGAGAGAGAGAUUUGUAAACACAACAGUAGCAAUGACCUUGGAAAGCAGGAAGUCAGCAACAAUGCCAGAUUUCCCAAAACUGAGCUAUUUUAAUUCAGGCGUGGCAAUUUGCUGUCCAUUUUAACUGUGGGGUGUAUAGUUCUCAAAGUAAAAACCAAAGUUGAAAUAUUUAUAUGUAGAAAGAAAGUAGGAAUUGCAAAAUAAGCACAAUCUGUAAAUCUCUGCAGUGGUUUGGCCUGUUUUAUCCAGUCCAGACUAGCAGAACGAAAGCCUAGAAUACGUGCGGAGGUUAGUUCAAAGGAUUCUGUGUGAGGCAAGUUGGGCAGGUGUCAGUUCAUCAAUCAUUGCGUCAUAAACCUACCAACACAUACCGAAGGACAAAUCAACACUAGUCCACCAAUCUCACAGAAGUUCUCGUUUUGUUACAACCCUGGGGAAAUUAAGCAAGUGGCAUGUUCUCACGUGGACUCUGUAGUGAGCAGUAGGGUUCUCUUGUCAAUACCUUCUCAUUAACCUGAUAAGAGAUGUAACGACACAACUUUGGAGAAGGUGGGGCUUGAAUCUGGGCUUCCUGGCUCUGAGGUACCAUAAUAGCUCUCAGUGUUGUCCUGAACCCUGGCUUUGAGAAUACGGGCUCAAGCUUCUGCCUGUGUGUAUGACUGGGCACAGUGCUUUAGCCAUUUUGUAGACUUGGACUCUGUAUGUGACAAUGUCACAAUAACAAGAAAGAUACAUCAUGAUGUUAGAUUUGAGAAUCAUGUGCUUACUGAUUCCAGUGGUUGGAUGGAGGAAACCAGUAAGAAGAUUAUUUUCACUGGUUUACAAAUCAUCCCAGCAAAUUUGUUUAGUCUGUGGAAACAAGCAGUAAUAAAGGAAUGCAAAGUAGCAACAGCAGUGACGUGGGACGAGCAAUGGAGGAGCCUUGCACAGUGUCUGGUUAACUGGCUCAUUUUUCAGCUGGGGACACACGGGAAAGAGCAUGAUUCAAUCUCAUGUCAGUUUUAUUCCAGUUGGAGCAUUUGAUACUGACACUGCCAGCUAAAAGUGACACAAUUUCAUUCCCAACACUAACACCUCUGACCUCAAUAAGCACAAAAGAAAAAUACACAAAUAUUUUUGCAUAAUCAUGGCACUUUAGAACAGAAACCAGUUUACUGAGGUGUAGGUUUGGAGGAAUUGAAAAGAGUUUUUUAUUGAAUGCCAUAUACUUUGGGGAAUUGUGUUAAUCAUUUGAAAGUGCACCAAUCACAGUUCAGUUUUCUACUCCAUCUUACCAUGUGGGAAGGUGAAAACAUCAUUAUUUUUUGACAAAUUUUCAUAGAGCAUUUUUCUUCCAGUUUGUUGAAUACAAAAUGUUUAUUAAAAUUGACAUGAUUUAAAGAGACAGUAUUUCUUUGUGUACAAAUUAAGCCAAAUACUGUAGAGGGACUGUGAACAAAACAGUAUUUACCGUAUCAACAUCCAGAUCAAACUUCUAAAGUUUCUUUCAUAAAAUGUUUGGUAUUGAUACUAUAUUAAUAUAAACAGUUAAGAUCUUUGUGGCCUGACAGUUUCUAGUCCAUUAUACAUUGCCCUGCAUAGAUAGCUGGUUCACAGUAAGUCGGAUUGUAAAUGGAAUCUUGGUAUUCUGUCGAUACUUGAACUACAGUUAGCAAAUCUUCCUGGGAACAUCUUCAGGUCAGACAUUAGUAGACAAGCUGAGAGUCUGGAUACAAACUCUGCCUCAAUAUCAGUUAUUUUAUUCUCUUACCUUGCAUUGUUUUGGUGGGGUCUUCACCAGUUAGUAAAUAUGUGGCAAGCUCAUUGCUUCUGUCCAGCCCACUGGCCACAAAAAUUCAAAGCAGCCACUGCAAGAUGUUUAAGAGCCAACCGAAUGGGUUCAUUCUCCAAUCUCAGCUCUUCAGCAACGGCUCAAAGAUCAGACAAACCUGAUUUCCAUCGGAUUCUCUGGAAUCUGACUGUGGCGAUGAGCCUUCACUGUGCUGUGUAUUUGAGCUCCUGUAUUCCAGUUGAAUAAAUUUUCCUUUUUUGUAAUGGUCAGAAUUCCUUAGAGUUAUAUGCAAGAAAUAACUAAAUACACCCUCCUAAAUGCUCUGAUAGUCAUGACCACCAGUCCUGCUCAGCAAUUGAACCACUUCCUGAUUUUAUAGCUUUACUUUUUGGGGGCUUUUUAAAACAGUGGUUUUGGAAGGAAGAUGGUACUGAGAGGGCAGUGAGUUGGGCAAUUCUUGGAGCUGACUGUUGAUAAAUUUCAGUGUGGAGUUCUGUGUUUGCUUCUUUGUUGUUGCUGUUCCCAGAGCAUACCACCUCAUUUUGGAGCAAGCCAGUGCAAUGAUGUUUGCUUCUAGAUUUGCUGUGCUUCAAUCCUGACUGCACUGUCUUUAGUAAUUAGUACAUAUGCGUUCAAAGGCACCAACACAAACUCAAGACAAUUGAAAUCUUCCAAGUAUGAUAACUGUUGUAAGAGUUCUUCAGUUUCGGAGUCUCUGACUGAGUGGUGUUGGAGGCUUGUCUGUUGAGCUAAACUGACUUCAGUGACAUCACCUUCCUGCACAAAGUCUUUGUAAAAGGAAAUGGGACCUUAGGACCUGAUCUGAAAAUGGUAGCAAGGGCUCUUGACCUGCAAAAAUCUAAUUCCUGAAUGUUGCGAAUACAUUUUUGGGCGGCACGGUGGCACAGUGGUUAGCACUGCUGCCUCACAGCGCCUGAGAUCCGGGUUCAAUUCCCAACUCAGGCGACUGACUGUGUGGAGUUUGCACGUUCUCCCCGUGUCUGCGUGGGUUUCCUCCGGGUGCUCCGGUUUCCUCCCACAGUCCAAAGAUGUGCGGGUCAGGUGAAUUGGCCAUUCUAAAUUGUCCGUAGUGUUAGAUAAGGGGUAAAUGUAGGGGUAUGGGUGGGUUGCGCUUCGGGUCGGUGUGGACUUGUUGGGCCGAAGGGCCUGUUUCCACACUGUAAGUAAUCUAAUCUAAUUUCUCAGCACGAUGACCAUGAAGAAUACUGUCUCUUUAAAGCCGUAUUGCUACAGUUGUUUGAUUGUUGGAGUGUUUGAGAGUUGAUCUCUUCUCCUUUGUUGUAUAAGGAUUCUAGUAAUUUUUUUUGUUUUCUUUGUAGUGACUGCUGCAGCCUUAAAUUAAAGGAAUAAGAGGGAAUAUU